AUGCUUUCGUGUGGACAGGUUCUGUUUGAGAUUUCAAGAAUAUUAAACACUGGCUUGGAUAUGGAGACGUUGUCUAUUUGUGUGCGGCUCUGUGAACAGGGGAUAAAUCCAGAAGCAUUAUCAUCUGUUAUUAAAGAACUGCGCAAGGCUACAGAAGCUCUAAAGGCAGCUGAAAAUAUGACAGGCUGACACAGGAGAAGAUCUCUGCGUGAGAAGAAUGCCAAGUUAAAAGUUAACAGAGACUUUGAAGAUUGCCACUAUUCAGAAGAAAAAGUGAAAUAAGUGUGUGCACAAAGGUUUCAGAAUAUUUCUAUAAUCGUCUUGAAAAGAAUUAUGUAUAGAAUAGCUUUGAAAAUUUUUUAAUAAGAGAAGUUCAUCAGUAAUCUCAUUACUUGGUAUUUUUGUGAACUAUUUGUGAAUAUAGUGCAAUUGCUGCUCUUUGGCAUCCAGUAUUUUUUAAACCAUGUCAGAUGCUGCACACUUGCUGAACUUACUAGUGUGUAGCAACGAAUAUUGUUAUAAGGAGUAUAGACUGUUACUGCAUCCUGUAGAAGUGCUAAUAUAUCCUGGGUUUUAUCUCUUGCUUUGAAAAACUACAAGUACAAUUUUAGCUUUGCUUUAUGGACCAGAUAGGAAUGAAGCCCAUCCUGACUUUAUUUUAAUUAGAGUGGUAGUGACUUAAGUCUCAAUCUGAAAGUAAGAAAUAAAGCACUUCUGAUAAUGUAGGUAAUGAAUUGUCCUUUUGAUCCAAAUUGCUGGAAGAAGUGUUUUUAACUUGGAUAACAAGGGAACUUCAGUUAUCCAUGCAGAAAUGUAUGUAAAUUUAAAUUCUAGAUUACAUAGAAUAUUUCAUGGAGUUCAGAUGCUGCAUUAGUUAAAUUUGUUCUGACUACUAGACCUAAUAUUAAGGCUGUAUUGUUAUUUCCUAGUCAUAGCAUAUGAGAGAAACAUUGGAUUUGGUUGAUGGGAAUCAAUAAGUCUUAAAAAGUCAUUUGGUAUAGCAAUGUCUUCUAAUUCAACACUAGGAAUCUUUACUGAUGCCAAAACAAGUGUUUAUAGUAUGUACAAUAAACUGUUUAUCAUGUUAUUUUCCAGUAAAUAUCCUUGCAUCCAGGAAUUCUACUUCAUAGGAAAACAGUUUGUUGCGUAUCCUUCAUUUGCUGCUGGUUAAGCUUUUUCAAUUUUUUGCUAGCCUGGUUUCAAGUUGUAGUGUUAAUGGGACCUAAAGUAACCUCCCAAGGUUAAUAGGGUGGAGCACAUUUGGAAAUAAACCUAGAAUCUUAGUUAAGCCAAACUUUAUAUUUUUUAAGACAAAAAGGUUCUUUCUACUUUGAGUUUACAUCAUAUGCGCUCUAGAUUAUAGUUCUACAAAAACUGAUCAAGGAGGCUAAAUACUUCAUAUGGCUGGCAGAGAGAAUAGAAAAAUAUUUAUGUUAUACUGAAUCACUCACCAUUAUUUCCAGUUAGCCUGGCCAAAAAAUCGUUUCAGGAGGAUGCUCUGAAAUUCUGGAUAACCAAGGUGGGGGACUUUUAAGUAUUAUCAGUUUUCUCACUUGUAUGAACGCUUACAACACCAAUUUACAAAGGAUUUUAACUUCAGAUUUACAACUUCUGAAUACUGGGUGUAAUGGUUUUUUUGAAAACAUUUAAAAACAUUUUGAAAACAUUAAGGUAUCCGUAGUAUGAAAAGAUACCAACAAUUAAAUUUAUCCUAGGAAAUCUGAAAAGUCAGUAAAAUGUCAUGAAAGCACCAGGUCAGAUCAACACAAAUUAGCAAUUAGCUCUUCUACUUAUCUUUAUCUAGACUCAGUGCUGCAUCUCAAAAAUGAAAGGACUGGGGAGCAUGCUUGCUGUUUUCAGGAGCCACAUCCAAGUCUCUGAGUUGCCACUUGCAAAAUUUAGACUCUGAAAAUUUUGGCUACAGCAACUGUGCCCAAAAUAAUUAUGAAAUGCUAUUAAAGUCGAUGUUUCUGCUGAUGCUUUUUAUUUUCCUCUGUUGCCGCAUCUUUGGACGAUGCAGGAAUUCUGAUGACUUCCCUCAGAUGUCACUCUCUUGAUUACUUUGCAUUUAUGUAUUUCCAGGUGUUUUUCUAACUUACUAGCUUAAUUUCAGUUUUAGUUCUAUAUCCUCGAAAUGCUUAAAACCAGCUUGGA